AUGCUGGACGGGUAUGGAAGGUCCACCGUCCCUGUCUUCCCCUGUCGGUUCACAGGGUCGGUCCCCUGCCAGUUUAGCGGGCUAGCCCAUGACCUUGUGCCAAAAUGGGCGACCGCUCAUUUUAUCACCGAAAAAAUACCUGCAGGAAAAACCGACCGCCUUUUCACCACGCCCCCCAUUCCUCCCACUUCCUCUGCUACUCCCCUCCUCUCCUUCCUUCCACCCCCUUUCAACUUCCCACCAGCCCGCUUGUAUUCCAGGCGUCAUUUUCCUCCGCUGUACAUUAUAUCGUUUGCUCAGGUCACUAUGGGCAACGUCGUUUCUGUCUUCCAACCCGGCGGCGGUGAGGGCAACCCCAAGACCGAAAGGGCCGAGCUAGAGAGGCAGCUCACCGAGCAAAAGGAAACCAUUGAUGCUCUCGAGAGCGAUCUUUCGAAGAAGGAGAAGGAGUACAACACAAUCUCCGAGGAGGCCGAAGACCUACGCCAGAAGAUCAUCGACCUUGAUGCCAAGUUGACGACGGCCAGGAAAGAGGACCAGGCUGAGGUCACCCGGCUACGGUCCGAACUCCGGACAAGCAAGGAUGAAUCCGCAGCACGGCUCCGUGCCAACGAUGAGGCCACCGCCGGCCGUCUUCAGGAGCUCGAGGCUGCAAACAGGCAGUUGACCACCCUCCGUGAACAGCUCGAGAAGCUCCGGCAAGACAAGUCCACCGUGGCUGAUGAGCUGGCGGCUGCCAGCAAAGAACUAGCCGAGGCCAAGGAGGAGCGUGCUGCUCUCGAGUCCUCCCUGCGGGACGAGAUUACCUCGUUGCAGACCAGACUAGCCGAUGCCGAACAGGGCCAGGGCAACCUUCAAGAGACCCUCAGCAAGCUCGAGUCCGACGCUGCCUCCGCCAACAAGUCACUGGCCGAGAAGGACGAGGCACUCACCACCCUUCAAGGCCAACUAUCCACUCUAGAGGGCGAGCACCAGCAGCUCAAGUCCGACUCCGAGGCCGAGCUCGCGGCCGUCAGCUCCAAGUACAGUGCUCUACAGCAAGUGCUCGACAAGCUCAAGGCCGAUACCGACUCGGAGCUCUCAGCUGCGAAGAAGGACCUCUCCGACGCUCAAGAGCAGCUGGGCUCCCUCCAGCAGAACCACGACACUCUCAAGUCCGACUCCGAGUCUCAGCUCGCUGCCGCCAAGCAGGAUCUGUCAGAUGCCACCGCCAAGCUGACCACCCUCCAAGAGUCCCAUGACAAGUUGAAGACCGACGCCGAAGCCGAAGCGGCCACGGCCAAGAAGGAUCUCGACACGCUCCGGGUGGAGCUCAAUACACUCAAGGAGAUCCAUGAAAAGCACAAGACAGACGCCGAGGCGGAGCUCGAGUCCACCAAGAAGACCGUGGCCGAGUGGGAGGAGAAGUACAGUGCCCUGCAGCAGGCUCAGUCGGACGCGGCCGGACAGACCUCGCUGCUACAGAAGGACCUGGCUGAACUGCAAGCCAAGUCCGCCGACCUCGAGAAGGCAAACGAAACCCUCAAGGAGAGCUCUUCCAGCGAGUUGGAAGCUGCCAAGAAGGAAGCUGCCACCUGGCAGGAGAAGCACACCGCUCUCGAGGCGUCCCAGGACACCCUUUCCAAGGAUCUCGAAGCUGCCAAGCAGGAUGCCGCCAGCUGGCAAGAGAAGCAUGCCAGUCUCGAGGCUUCUCGCGAUGCUCUGUCCACCGACCUCGAAGCUGCGAAGGCGGCCAUUGCCACCUCCGAGGAGGAGAAGAAGGCCACCGAGGCCAAGCUCGAUACCCUCACCGCCGACCUCGAAGCCGCCAAGCAGGACGCCGCCAGCUGGCAAGAGAAGCAUGUCAGUCUUGAGGCUUCUGGCGGGGCUCUGUCCACCGACCUCGAAGCUGCCAAGAAGGCUCUUGCCACAGCCGAGGAGGAGAAGAAGGCCACCGAGGCGAAGGUCGAUACCCUCACCGCCGACCUCGACGCGGCUAAGACGGACGCCGCCAGCUGGCAGGAAAAGUACGCUGCUCUUGAGACCGCUCGCGAUGCCCUGACCGGCGACCUCGAGACUGCCAAGAACGACCUGGAGUCGGCCAAGUCGGUUACCGUCGCUGUCGAGGAACAGAAGAAGGAGGCCGAGGCCAAGGUCGAGUCUUUGACCAAGGACGUUGAAUCUGCUAAGCAGGAGGCUGAGGCUACCAAGGCCGAGCUCGAGUCGGUGAAGAAGGACGUCGAAGCUGCCAAGGCCGAUCUUGAUACCGUGAAGACGGAGGUCGACGCUGCCAAGAAGGAGGUUGAGGAAGCCAAUGCCGGCCUGGAGACCGCCAAGAAGGAGAUUGAGACCUUGAAGGCCGAGCUCGAGGCUGCUAAGAACGACGGCGCCUCUGCCGACGAGCAGAAGAAGGAAGCCGAGGCCAAGAUUGCGUCUCUGACGCAGGAUGUCGAGGCGGCGAAGCAGGAGGCCGAGACCAGCAAGGCCGAACUCGAGACUGCCAAGAAGGCGGCCGAGGACACCCAGACCGAGCUUGAGGCGGCAAAGAACAACGUCGAGACCGCUCAGACCGAGGCUGAGGCGGCCAAGACCGAGUUGGAGGCGACCAAGAAGGAGGUCGAGACUACUAAGACGGACCUCGAGACGGCCAGGAAGGAGGUCGAGACAACCAAGUCCGAACUUGAGGCGACAAAGACCGAUAUCGAGGCUGCUAAGAAGGAGGGUGAAACGACCAAGUCGGAACUGGAGGCCACUAAGAACGACGUCGAGGCCGCUAAGAAGGACACGGAGUCUCUGAAGAAGGACCUCGUGGACAUCAAGACCACGCUCAACACGGCCAACAGUGAACUCGAGGCCGCGAAGAAGGAGCUUGAGACGGCGCAGGCUGGUCUUGUUGCCGCCGAGGAACAGAAGAAGGCUCUUGCUGAUCUCGAGGAGGCCCAGAAGAAGCUAGAGGAAGAGCUCGCUUCCGAGAAGGAGAAGGCGACCAAGGAUGUCGCUGAGCUUGAGAGCAAGCUCAAGGCUUCGACGGAGGAACAGGACUCUCUGAAGAAGGCAUCCGACGAGCAGGCUUCGAAGCUUCAAGCUCUCCAGGAAGAGCACGACAAAGACGCCGCUAAGAUCAAGAGCCUCGAGGAGGAACAGGCUUCCCUCAAGAAGCUUCAGGAGGAGGCCGAGGCCAAGGUCUCCACGCUCCAGGAGCAAUUCGAGGCAGCCGAGAGCAAAGCAGCCAAGGCGGCCGAGGAGCUCGAGUCGCUGAAGAAGGAAAAGGAAACCCUCGAGACCAAAGCUUCCGACCUCACUGCCGAGGCGGAGAAGACCAAGAAGGCCGAGGCCGACCUGAAGGAGCUGCAGACGAAGCUCGAGACCGACCUCAAGGAGCUCCAGACCAAGUUCGAGGAAGCGCAGGCCAACCUGGCCACGGCCCAGAGCGAGAAGCAGGCUGCGCUGGACAAGGUCGAAGCCAGCGAAAAGAAGCUGAAGGAAUUUGAGGAGAAGCCGGCGGCUGCCACUGAGCAAGCCGAGGCUGCGUAAUGAGGAAGAACUGGAGAGAGAGGGGGGGAAAAGGAGUGGAGCGGUUCAUGAUGCAUGAAGUUGAGAUGACGUCCCGCAAGGGGAGGAAUUAUCAUGACUGGUGGGCCAUGAAUGAGCAACGCAACGCUAACGCUAACGGCUAACGCAACGCAACGGCUGAUGCACUUGUGCUUUCUAUUCUCCACGAUGAUACCUAUUUGCAGUUUUUACCUCUUAAUGUAUGAUUGGUUUUUUGUUUUCUUUUUUUUACUUAGUUGUUAGUUUUGUUAGAUGAGCUUUCCACAAUGCAAUGCAACGCAAUGAUUUACUUU